GCAAUGGCAGCGCAGGAGUCCCCUGCAGUGGACGAGUUGUGCCAGAAUGAGCGGCAGGAAUUCUUGGACGCCUCCCAGCUGUUACUCACCUACGCAGACAAUAUACUGAGGAGUCCAAAUGAGGAAAAAUACAGAUCAAUUAGGAUUGGAAACACUGCAUUUUCUACCAGACUUUUGCCUGUCAGAGGAGCAAUCGAAUGCUUGUUUGAAAUGGGAUUUGAAGAGGAAGAGACACACCUGGUGUUUCCAAAAAUGGCUUCUGUUGAAAAGCUUCGUAACGUUAGGGACCAUAUAGCCAUAGAAAGGAAUAAGAGAAUGAGUGCUGCAAACCCUACACCACCAGCUACAUCCAGUACCCCGCCAGCAUUCAGCAGAACCCCUGUACCAAAUCCAGUUCCUCCAAGUAUACCCCUGCCAGCAACAGAGGAUAUAUCCAAUUUCUUGGCUUCUGAAGUUAGAUAUUUAAAGACCCUCCAGUCCAACUCACAACAUGUGUUAAUUUAUGAGGAGCCUGAAAUUCAGCAAAGAGCAUUACAAGAAAUUCCAGUGUCGGAUUUGAAAACAAGAGCCCAGAAAAAGCUUAUUGAAGCUAAAAGUCUUGACUCUGAUACCAGUGUGAAUUUAGAAGAUUUUUUAUUGCUGGAACUACUUCGCUGGUUUAAGCAGGACUUCUUCCAGUGGGUCAAUAGCCUACCUUGCAGUCACUGUGGUGGAGAAACUCAAGCCCGAGAUGCUUUGUCUCCUUCUGAUGAAGACCUGCGCUGGGGAGCAAAUCGAGUGGAAAAUCAUUACUGUGAGAAGUGUAAACACAGCAAUCGCUUUCCAAGAUACAAUCAUCCUGAAAAGCUUCUGGAAACUAGACGUGGUCGUUGUGGAGAAUGGGCAAACUGUUUCACUUUGUGUUGCAGAGCUUUGGGAUUUGAAGCACGUUAUGUGUGGGAUUCUACUGAUCAUGUGUGGACAGAGGUGUACUCUUCAUCUCAGAACAGAUGGCUUCAUUGUGACCCUUGUGAAAAUGCCUGUGAUAAACCUCUUUUGUAUGAAGUUGGAUGGGGCAAGAAGCUUUCCUAUAUUAUUGCCUUCUCCAAAGAUGAGGUUGUGGAUGUUACCUGGAGAUAUUCAUGCAAACAUGAAGAUGUGAUUGCAAGAAGAAAAGAAGUGCGAGAAAGUUGGCUACGGGAAACAAUUGUUGGUCUCAAUAAAAUGAGGCAACAGUCCGUCCCAGAACACAGAAAGCAGGAACUUCUUGGAAGACUGAUUGUGGAGUUGGUUGAAUUCAUGUCUCCUAAGACUACUAAACCAGGAGAACUUGGUGGGAGGGUCUCUGGAUCAGUAGCCUGGAGAGUGGCAAGAGGUGAAACCAGUUUACAGUCGACCAAAAGCGUUAUUUUUAUCCCGUCUGAGAGUGAGAAAACCAGCAAGCGUUUCCAUCUUCAGUAUAACGUAGUUGAAGAUACCUAUACACGUACCUCGAAUAACAAUGUGGUUAUCGCCGGCUGGGAAAAUGGAGCCUGGAAAGCAGAGUCUAUUUGUAGAAAAGUUGAGAGUGACUGGAAAAUGGUUUAUUUGGCUCGCACUGAGGGUUCCUCAUCAGCUGCCAUUAGUUGGAAGAUAGAAUGUGCUUCAGCAGGACUCCAAAUUGAAAGUAUAAGUGUUCGCACCAGUAGUCAAACCUUUCACAGUGGUAAAAUAAUAUGGAAGUUGUCUUCUCCAGAAGCAGAGGUGGAAGUGAACAGUGAUACAAAUUUUCAUUCUUACCCUGAGUUUUUAAAUGCUUCAGAAGUUGAGUUGAAAGCUGAGUUGUGCGAUGGUGAUGGAAAUACAGCAUGGCAGCACACACAGAUUUUCCGUCAAACAUUAGACUGUAAAGAAAACUCUUUGGAGAUUAUUAUAAUGUUGAAGGAUGCCUAGGAAUUUUACAUCUCAGAAAAAAGUGCUACUUCUCAAAAAGAAGUGCAUGUGGAAAUAUGUGUCUGUUUGGCAGAGUAAUAAGUCUAUCAAAAUAGAAAGUUUCUACCUAUACUUGUAAACAAUAUUUCAAAUUAUGUAAAGUAUUGAUUAAGUAACAUUUAAAGGGGACCUGUCACCAUAAGAAAUAAUUCCAAAUUCCUUUCUAACUUGUUAGUUGAGCAAAAUAAACUUUACAUUUAUUAUUAA